AUGAGUGCGACGCUUGUUGCAUCAUCAAAUCAGAUGUUUUCGACUUUCAGCCAGCCAACGCGGAGCCCGUCUCCAGCGUUCAAUCCUUUUGCGACGAACUCUGAGAACAAAGGCAGCGCAUUCGGAAUUGAUAGUGCAGGCGACUCUUCAAAGACGAAGCGACCCAAGCGAUCAUCAGCAUUUGGCGACCAGAGCGACAAUGAAGCAAAGCGAAAGGCGAAUAACCGGUUCAAGAACAAGGAUCCCAACCUGAGUGACGGAGGUGGUAGGAACAAGAGCCGGAAAGGCGACGAAAAAAAGAAGAACACUGAUCCAAAGAAAAACCCAUUCAAUACUGCCACCUUCUCCAAGAAGCAGACAGGACAAAACACGCGGGGUCAUGGAUCAACUCCAUUUGCGGCGACGCGUAACGAGUCGCGACCAACUUCAUCAUCAAGCGCCAACUCCGACGAUGAACCUAUUCCCGAAACCCAUCACUCUGACGAUCCGCAAGCGAAAAGGGUGUACGAGCAACUGCGUAAGGAUGGCGUCCACCCUCCUCAAUGGCCUUCACAGCCUGGAAAUCCCAAGAACAAGGCCGAAGUGACAAAGUUCCGCGAAAAAUACGAAACCUACCGCAGUAAGGCGCGCGCAUCUCUGACAAAGGCCGGUUUGAUCGAUGACCCAGAUAAGCGCAAAACUCUUCAGGAUGCUAUCGAUUUCAAAGGCAUCUGCGAGGAUAUGUGCCCUGAGUAUGAGAAGAUCACGCGAAUUAAUGAAAUGGACGUUCAUCAGCCCGAAAAGAACCCCAAGACUACAUACGCCAAUACACGUCGCAUGGUCAAGAAGCUCGCUCGCUCUGCCGCUGGUCAAGAAGCACCAUUGCCCAUGGAUGUUCGAUCCGUGCCGGCCCUCAAAAGGACAUUAGACUAUUUGAUUGACGACCUGUUGCGUGACGACGGCAACCUACCAGUCUUGCAUGGGUUUCUAUGGGACAGAACACGCGCAAUUCGCAGAGAUUUCACCUUCUUCUCAUCACUCACCCCCGACGAAAUGAAGAUCCAGGUCUAUGUUCUGGAGAACAUCGCGCGAUUUCAUGUUACGGCACUUCAUCUACUUACUCGAGACGGCGAAACACCUGAGGACUUCGUGGAACAGCAGGAACUGGAACAGCUUGGGAAAGCCCUUUUGUCCCUCCGCGACGCUUACGAUGAUUGUAACGAUCAGGGUAUACGAUGUGAGAACGAGCCUGAAUUCCGAGCAUACUACCUUAUCUUCCAUGCCUACGACUCGAACAUCAUAGAAACGUUGCAGCGUCAAUGGAAGCCAACCCUGUGGAAAGACUCCAAUGAGGUUCGUACGGCCGUCUUACUCGUGGAGGCUCUUCAAAAUACCCAAGACUUUCAUGGGCCUCUCAAGGAUGCACCGUCAUUAGCCGCAUCAGCUGCAUAUCAAUCGUAUUUCAGAAUAGUUGAGGAUCCAAAGGUUUCCUACACGAUGGCUUGCUUUGCAGAAUGCCACUUUCCCAGACUCCGUCGCGCUAUCUUGACCGCUAUCAAUAGAGGUCUCGCUCGGCCUCGGGAGACUUCCAAGGACGUUACUGCCGCUGUUUUGAACAAGUUUCUUCGCUUCGAUACCGUCGAGCAAGCCAUAGAAUUUGCGGAGCUUCACAAUAUCGAAUUCGGCCAAUGCGAAGAGGACCCUUCCGAUGUCAGUCGCCAAUACGCAAAACUGGACAGUCGUGGGUCUUUACCUCACCUUCGCCUUCAACAUCAGUUCUCUUAUUCUCUUGUCGAAAAGAAGCGCGGCUCAAAAUCCCUUCCAGAAGUAAUCCAUGAAACGACCUACCAAAGCGCGAACCCUCCUAAGGCUGCCAUCAACGGUUUAUCUCAAGAAAGCCUUUUUGUUCCAGAUACAAAAACCACUACCGACAAACCAACAAUCCCCACUGGACCCAAAGCUACAACGUCAAACCCCUUUUCAUCAUUUGGCAAGCCCAGUGGAUCUUGGGGGACAACAAGCCCAUCAACGGCAACUCAGAAACCCCCAUUCGCAUCUGACUUGGCUUCGACAGCCAAACGGCCUGCUGUCAACCCCUUCGCACCUACAAUAUCUGCUACUACGCCAUCCUCCGUCGGCAAUGUUUCUCUACCAGCACCUACCUCUGAGCAGCUACCUGGAUCUGGAAACAGGCCAGUACUGAACCCGUUUGCCUCUUCUUUCAAGCCACCAACUACCUCGGGUGAGCAGACACAGAGCAGUCCAUUCAGUCAACUUUCUGCCUCUCAUGAGAAAGAUACAGCAACAGGGACGACCUUCUCCUCUCUACCAGUCACUACGGCAGUUGCCGCAACAGAGAACACUUCUAGCAAAGAGAUAACAGCAGACAAGCCACAGUUUCAGACUCCCACCAUCACCUCAGCGCAACCCCCGAAGCAAUCUAGCAUCAACAUAUUUCCCCCAACGCCUCAACUAUCCUCGAGUCCCUUUAAUGCCGCAGCGCAGCCUCAAAACCCAUCUACGCCAAGCGCCAGCAGUACCACAUCGCAAGCGACGAUACCUUCAACAGCUUUCAACCUGGGCAAAACACCCGGGUUAACUGGAGAACAGAGCAAGCCAGCGACGGCCUUUUUUGACACACGACCCCCGACCACAUCAACACCUCAAUUCUCGUUCCCUUCCCUUGGAACCUCAUCGUUGUCCAAUCCUGCAUCAAACGGCGAUGGUUUUCAACUCUCAACAACCCCAGCGACCGCCCAAAUACCAAAGGAACCCAGUCCCCCUCCGGAGCCGCCAUCCCCACCUCGUGACCUACUCGGUGAUUUUACCAGAUGGUUCGUAACUGGCGAUGAUGGACUCAUGGACGAAUUCCAAGCAUUUAUGUUGGAUAAUAUACUGCAAGGCGUGUAUCGAAAAUACGUUAAGGAUGAAGAAGCCAAGAGACAAAAAGAGGAGGAAGAUCAAGCACUCGCAGAAGCACAAAAGUUUCGCGUCUACAGCUUAUCAGUCAAAUACUUCUACCGCUGGAAAGAGCAUGCGCGUGAUCGUCGCUUGAGCCAGCUUCGUCGCAGCGGCCGAGAGCAGAUGAGAGCCUACUAUCAAGCACAACGUGUAGCGCAAGCUAAGGCCCAGAGAGAAGCUGCCCGCCAAGCUGCGCGAGAGCAGGCUGAAAUCGCAGAGCUGAAUCGACCAGAACAACUGAAAGAUUUACUUAAACACAAGAAGCCAAGCAAGCGCCGUCAAGCAGCAGAAGAGGGCGCACUGCUUGCUUCCGGUGUUCUAUCCGGAAUCAGCAACGAGCAGGAAGCUGUGGCCAGGAUUGUGCGUAGGGCGCCAUCCGUCACCAGCUCCAUCUCCAGCAAACAAUCGAGCUCAUCUCUUGCAAGAAGUGGCUCCAAGACUAGAACUCUUCGGCAGCAGUUUGGUGAUCAAUCGGCCACUUUCAGACGCUCGCUGCCUCCUAUGGUUUCUCGAAAUACCGAAAGUCCAGAGCCCAGUAAUCGUGUCAGCAGAGUAUCCGAACGCUGGAGACUCAAGGCUAUGGGGAUUGUGCAGAUGCCUGAUGGAACUGCUGUUCCUGAAAGGCUGGCGAACGAGAUGCAGUAUGGAAAGAAGCAGAUAACAGGCAGUAUGGGCCCGCCUAGUAGUAGCUUCAAUCGCCGGGCCUCUAUAAGUGACCUUGGUCAUUCUGAGGAACGCCAUCGCUUAUCUGGGUCGCACGGCACCGUCGACACCACCGAAUCUGAUAGUUCUGCGAAGAACAAGAGAAAGCGGGCUACUGACGAUGACGGUGAACCAGCUCAGGAGGACCAGGCCAAGACCAGCUCGCAUAAACGGGUAAUGAGCGAUGCGCAAACUCUGAUCAACGAACUCCGUGCUAUGAGGGAGGAGAUGGAAGAGGGAGCCACUUGGUUCAAAGACCAGAAUGAUAGGAUGCAGAGUGAACUGAUGAGCAGAGGCUCGACACCCUGGGAUCAAGAUGUGUGAAAUUGUGAAUAAAGAAGCAAAGACUGCUUAUAAUGAGGAUGAACGUAUCAUCCGAAAUAUACACUGUGGUUGGAUGGAAGGGAGUUGCAUACACAUUGC